GUGUUUGCUUACGAUCACUGCUUCUGGUCUAUGGAUGAAUCUGUCCAAGAAAAAUAUGCAGGUCAAGAUGUUGUUUUCAAGUGCCUUGGAGAGAAUAUUCUUCAAAAUGCCUUUGAAGGCUAUAAUGCUUGCAUCUUUGCCUAUGGGCAAACUGGGUCUGGAAAGUCAUACACAAUGAUGGGUACUGCUGACCAGCCUGGAUUAAUCCCUAGACUUUGCAGUGGACUCUUUGAAAGAGCCCAGAAAGAGGAAAAUGAAGAGCAGAGUUUCAAAGUGGAAGUAUCCUACAUGGAGAUAUACAAUGAGAAAGUCAGAGAUCUUCUUGACCCCAAAGGAAGCCGUCAGACACUAAAAGUGAGAGAACACAGUGUUUAUGGGCCUUAUGUAGAUGGUCUGUCCAAAUUAGCUGUUGCUAGCUACAAGGACAUCGAGUCCUUGAUGUCUGAGGGCAACAAAUCUCGGACAGUGGCUGCAACCAACAUGAACGAGGAGAGCAGUCGCUCCCACGCCGUCUUCAAGAUCAUCCUCACCCACACACUCUAUGAUGCACAGUCUGGGACAUCAGGGGAGAAGGUGGGCAAGCUGAGCCUGGUGGACUUGGCAGGCAGUGAAAGGGCAACUAAGACUGGUGCUGCAGGAGACAGGCUGAAGGAAGGAAGCAACAUUAACAAAUCCCUCACAACUCUUGGGCUGGUUAUUUCUGCCCUGGCAGAUCAGGCUGCUGGCAAGAACAAGAACAAAUUCGUUCCAUAUCGUGAUUCUGUGCUCACUUGGUUACUUAAGGACAGCCUUGGUGGAAACAGCAAGACUGCCAUGGUAGCAACAGUGAGUCCAGCUGCAGACAACUAUGACGAGACCCUGUCAACACUGAGGUAUGCAGACAGGGCCAAGAACAUUGUGAACCACGCCGUGGUGAACGAAGACCCCAACGCCCGCAUCAUCCGGGAGCUCCGCGAGGAGGUGGAGAAGCUGAGAGAGCAGCUCACGAAAGCAGAGGCAAUGAAAUCACCAGAAUUAAAAGAACGAUUGGAGGAAUCAGAAAAGUUGAUUCAGGAAAUGACUGUGACCUGGGAAGAAAAAUUAAGAAAAACUGAAGAAAUAGCACAGGAGCGUCAGAAACAGUUGGAGAGUCUUGGCAUAUCCCUUCAAUCUUCUGGAAUAAAAGUUGGGGAUAACAAGUGCUUCCUGGUUAAUUUGAAUGCAGAUCCAGCUCUCAAUGAACUUCUGGUAUACUAUUUAAAGGAGCACACGUUAAUAGGGUCAGACAACUCUCAAGACAUUCAGCUGUGUGGAAUGGGAAUUCUUCCUGAACACUGCAUUAUAGACAUCACCCCAGAAGGACAGGUUAUGUUAACACCUCAGAAAAAUACCAGGACAUUUGUAAAUGGCUCUGCUGUCGUGUGUCCUAUCCAGCUACAUCACGGAGACAGAAUACUGUGGGGAAACAACCACUUUUUCAGGCUGAAUUUGCCAAAGAAGAAAAAGAAGGCAGAGCAUGAGGAUGAAGAGCGAGACAACUCCAUGAAGUGCAGUAACAGUGUUGAGCAGCUGGACAUAGAUGGAGACAAUUCCAGUGAAGUGUCUAGUGAGAUAAACUUCAGCUAUGAAUAUGCCCAGAUGGAAGUGACUAUGAAGGCACUUGGUAGUAAUGACCCGAUGCAGUCAAUCCUGCAAAGCCUGGAGCAGCAGCACGAGGAGGAGAAGAGAUCUGCCCUGGAAAGGCAGAGGCUGAUGUACGAGCACGAGCUGGAGCAGCUGCGGCGGCGGCUGUCCCCGGAGAAGCAGCACGGCCGCAGCAUGGACAGGUUCUCCUUCCACUCCCCCAGCGCCCAGCAGCGCUUGCGCCAGUGGGCAGAGGAGAGAGAGGAGAUGUUGACCCACAGCCUGCGGAAGCUGCGGGAGCAGAUUGUUAAAGCCAACCUGUACGUCAGAGAGGCCAAUUUUAUUGGAGAGGAACUGGACAAGAGGACAGAGUAUAAAGUUACCCUCCAGAUCCCAGCUUCAAGCCUUAAUGCCAACAGCAAGAGAGGUGCAAUUCUCAGCGAGCCAGCUAUUCAGGUGAGGAGGAAAGGGAAAGGCAAACAGAUCUGGUCACUGGAGAAGCUGGAGAAUCGACUGGUAGAUAUGAGAGAUCUUUACCAGGAGUGGAAAGACUGUGAGGAAGACAACCCAGUGAUGAGAGCUUACUUCAGGAGAGCUGACCCCUUCUACGAUGAGCAGGAAAACCACAGCCUUAUUGGAGUAGCCAACGUUUUUCUUGAGUGCCUGUUCUAUGAUGUGAAGCUGCAAUAUGCUGUUCCAAUCAUCAAUCAGAAGGGAGAGGUUUCAGGUCGACUUCAUGUUGAAGUUGUUCGAGUGAGUGGCGAGAUAGAUGACAGGUUGGUUGGAGGUGAGGAUAGUCCAGACUAUUCAAGUGAAAGUGACACUCAGGAAAGAAAACUUGUCUGCAGGAUUAAAAUACUUCAAGCUACAGGACUGCCACAGCACCUCUCCAACUUUGUGUUCUGCAAAUACACAUUCUGGGAUCAGCUGGAGCCAGUGAAUGUUGCCCCUGAGGUGGAUUCUUCUUUAUCUUCCAUCAGCAAGGAGCCACGCUGCAUGGUUGUCUUUGAUCACUGCAAUGAAGUUUCUGUAAAUAUUUCUGAAGACUUCAUGGAACAUCUCUAUGAUGGUGCUUUGGCCAUUGAAGUGUAUGGGCACAAGCAGAGCGGCGACCGCAAAAAUCCAGCCCUGUGGGAUCUGGGAAUAAUCCAAGCCAAAACACGGAGCCUGCGUGACAGGUGGAGUGAAGUGACCAGAAAAGUAGAACUGUGGGUUCAAAUCCUGGAGCUGAAUGAGAAUGGGGAGUACUGCCCAGUUGAGGUGACUCCUGCCAAGGAUGUCUGCACAGGAGGCAUCUUCCAGCUCAGACAGGGGCAAUCUCGACGUAUCCAGGUCGAAGUGAGAUCUGUGCAGGAAUCUGGGACCUUGCCACUGAUGGAGGAAUCAAUAUUAUCUGUUGGCAUUGGCUGUGUUCAAAUAAAACAUGUCAAGUCACCAAAAGUACCUGAAAAUUACCCGGAGGAAGAGGAUGAAAUGGACAGUUAUCAGGACAGGGAUUUGGAGAGGCUCCGUCGGAAGUGGCUCUGUGCCUUAACCAAGCGCCAGGAGUAUCUCGAUCAGCAGCUGCAAAAACUUGUUGGGAAGCCUGAUAAGACAGAGGACGAUGCAGACCGGGAGGCACAGCUUUUGGAGAUGAGGCUGACGCUGACGGAGGAGCGGAACGCUGUCAUGGUUCCUUCUGCUGGCAGUGGCAUCCCUGGAGCUCCAGCAGAGUGGACUCCUGUGCCUGGUAUGGAAACUCACAUUCCUGUUAUUUUCCUGGACUUGAAUGCUGAUGACUUCAGUUCCCAAGAUAACCUCGACGACCCAGAAGCGGGUGGCUGGGAUGCCACUCUUGUUGCAGAAGAGGAGGAGGAAUUCUUUGAACUGCAGAUUGUGAAGCAUCAUGACACUGAGGUGAAAGCAGAGGCCUCGUGGGAUUCCACAGUCCACGACUGUAUCCAGCUCAGCAAAGGAACAGCAGCAGAUGAGAGGGUGUAUCUCAUUGUGAGAGCCACUGUCCAGCUCAGCCACCCUGCAGACAUGCAGCUGGUGCUCCGCAAGCGCAUCUGCGUUAACGUGUAUGGCAGACAGGGUUUUGCACAGAGUUUCCUCCGAAGAAUGUCUCCCCGAAGUUCCAUUCCUGGCUGUGGUGUCACUUUUGAGAUAGUCUCAAAUAUUCCAGAGGAUGCUCAAGGAGCUGAAGAGCGGGAGGCACUUGCCAGGAUGGCAGCAAACGUUGAAGAUGCAGCUUCAGCUGACUCUGAAGCCUACAUUGAGAAGUACCUGCGGAGCGUGCUGGCCGUGGAGAACAUUCUCACCCUGGACCGCCUGCGCCAGGAAGUCACUGUCAAAGAGCAGCUGAUGGGCAAAGGAAAACUCUGCCGCAGGAGCCUGAGCUCCCCCAACGUCAACCGGCUUUCUGCAAGCCGCCAAGAUUUAGCACCCCCAUAUAACCUGAGUAGUAACAGGAGUUUAAAGGUCCCAGCAGAGGGCCGAUGGGAGAGUCAACAAGAUGUGUCCCAAGGUGCCACAAAUUCCAGUAGAGGCAUCAGUCCAUCUCGUACCUCUCUGCCAGGCUCUGGGCAGCAAAACCACUCUCCUGAUCCAGGUAUUGGUAGCCUGGCUGCUUCCUAUCUGAAUCCUGUCAAGUCUUUUGUGCCUCAGAUGCCAAAGCUGCUGAAGUCUCUCUUUCCUGUUAGAGAUGAGAAAAAGGGCAGGCAGAGCUCUCCUCUUGUGCAGCAGGUAAAAACUGAAAUCCCAGCCUAUGCAGUAACACUG